AAAUUAUUUAAUAUGAGCAAGAACAAGAGGAGAAGUCAAUCUGUUGAGAAUGCACCAGAACCUGAAGGCUUUGGUGGAGGAGGAAGGAUGUUUCAUUCACAAAGUAAUCAGAACGUCAGCAAGCAAGGAAAUUUCCAAAGUUUAAAGGCUAAAACUACUGUUUUAAAUAGACCAGGAACUAUUGGAGCAUUGAGCGCUCUCUCAAAUGGAGGAUUCUCACAAAAUAUAUCUGCAAACGCUUUAAGGAAUGCUCAUUCACAAUGGUCAUUUGGGAAAGCUGAUAGAUUUAAGAAAUUAAGAAUUAAUAAUUCUGCAAAAAUGCUCGCACUUCCCAAUACAUUGAAUACAAAGACUUCAACUUUUGGUUUUGGGGAGAAGAAGCCAUUACAGAUCAUUUUUGGAAAGGAUUCACCUCCUCCGUCCUUAUAUAGAAGUAGAUCUCAGUUUGAUUACACUCCAGGUGCAGGAAAAAGCAUGGGAAUUCCUUAUUCAGCUUAUAAAAAGGUACACAUGCCUGGUUUGAAUACAAGAUUAGAUGAAAUUCCAGGACCUGGAUCAUACGAGCAAAAGACAUCACUUGGAGCAAAUUCUAGAAAAUUUAGCCUCAAGUCAAGAAUUAAACCAGCUGAUAGCGCGACUAGAGAUAACCCUCCUCCUAAUAAUUACUCUCCUAACUUUGGACUGACCGAGAGGUCAGGAUUUGAUGAUGUAGGUUUUGGAUUUGGGUCAAGACCAAAUGUUACCGGAAGAAUUAACGAGAAUCCAGGUCCAGGCGCAUACAGAGCUCCUUCAAUAUUUGACAAGUUUAAGAAUAUUCCAAACCCCUCAUUGCUUAAGACCUUGCAGAAAUAUAGAAAGAAGGGAAGAAGAAAGAUCCCAAAGCCCCAGUAUUCUGAAAGAAGUUCUACAAAGCAAUUGAGCCACCAAGAUGAUGAUCCUCUACACCUAGCAUUGAAGAAUGAAGAGGAUGCAUCUCAUUCUGGGAAGGACGGAAGUGUGUCCAAACAUGACCAGUCGACUCCUAAGGAAAAGUCUCAGACAGAAAAGAGCACUAGCAAGAAAAAUGAUGGCAAUGAAUAGAGGUUGAUAAAUAACUGAAAAAUACUAGCUAGUAAUAUGAAAAUUCAAUA